UGAUGAAUCCCUUCGAGAAGCGGGACAAAAUACCCCGCACCCCACCUGGUCACUCUUUUAUGGAGCGAUCUUUGAAUGAUUUAGACCAAACCGGCGUGGGCGACUGUUCUUUGUACGAUGAAUCCGGAGUGCGUAGCUCUUGUGUACCGGAAAACCUGAAGCGUUAUACCCUUACCUUCAAUCCCAGUCCUAAAGAUAGUCGUCCAUUGGCUCCGAGUCAACGCUAUUCAUGGAUGCUCAAUGGCCAGCUUGCGAUGUUCACGUCCUCUCCAGUUCGCAGCGAGAAGACAUGUGCUAUCGUCUUGACCAAAAUUCCAUCUCGUGAUGAGGUUGAUGAUAAUAAGGAGAACCUCGCAAUUCAAUCCUCCGUUGUUGAGCCUGGGACGGUACGGCCUCGUGGAAAGCGUCGAAAAGACAUCUCGCAACGGAGUGGUGACCAGGAUAGCAUUUUUCCUACUCCGAAUGAUUCGUCACUCGACACAGCGUCAGCUGAGCCGGCAACCAUCAGAAGGCUACGGUCGCGUGACGUAAGUGUGGAUGGCUCCACACUUUCUAUCGCUGCGCAUCCUCGAUCAAAACGGCGAAAACAAGCGGAUUCACUCGGUUCGAGUGAUUCCAGCUAUUCGUCAACAGACCUUCAGCAACGUUCGACAACCAAAUCAAACACACGGCGAGGCAGGCGCAACGCCGUUCACAGGAGCGUAUUGAAACCUCAAACUCCUCUCCAUUCUACCGCUGUAGAGCCCAUGACCCCGUGCACCGUGGUAGCAAAGCCAAUGCGGACAUCUACGGCAGAAGAACAGACAUCUCCUGUGCCGAUGACAGUCGUGCGUCGUGAACCCAUAGCCACCGUGGUCAAACUUCCCGCGAAACGUGAAGUGCGUAUGGGCAAUUUGAUUUCAAAGGAUGGGGCACCCUCUCCUACCACCGACAGUGAGGUGGAUCAGCCGGAAACCGUCCUUCGCCCGUCCAGAGCUAAACUGGCACCUACGUCAGUUCCGUGUAGCGUCACGUUAGAUGUACUAGAUUUUUCAACAAUUACUCCAGCUUCCAGUCGUCAGCGACGUAGACGUGUUCUAUCCAAACUGGAUUCUCUCAGCCAGGAUGCGGAACCUAUUGCUGCUCGUCUGCGGCGGAAUGCUACUCAGGUAUCUUAUCUGGAACCACGGAUGACCAGGGACACCACGGCAUUGGAGCUCAACAGUGAUGCUUCGCUGCCGUACAACCAUGAUUUAAUUGAAAGCCUUACUGUGUAG